CUUACCACUUACUUUACCACCUCACAGCCUCGUUAUAUCUACCUACAGGUCCAUGAUUUGACGGUACCCUUGUGCUUCGGAUAUACUGGCGGUAUGUGCUCCUACGCCCCGGCAGCCAUUUCCAGCACGCAUUUUGCGUAUAAAUAUACAUAGGUAGGGAGCUAUGAAGCUGCCACGGUACCAUACUGCCACGGCCACGGCCACCGGCACUAGCACUAGCACUGGCACUAGCAGUAGCAGCAGCAGGUCAUCUACCACCCUGGCCUUGGCUCUAGCUCUGGCCCUGAUUCUUACCCUGGCAUCAACGCCCUGCAUUACCGCUGCUGCUACCGCUGAACCCUCGCAUCCCCGCGGCACUGGCCCUGGCCCCGACAACGGCGCCCUCCCCACCCCCCCGGCCUUCCCCGGCCCGUGGAAGCGCUAUAUCAGCACCCCAGCCAACAAGAGCCACGUCGUCCCGUCGCGCAUAUGGAAGGUCCGCGGGAACGUGUCGCUCCCGGCGGCAACGGGCGAGGAUGGCGACGGGGAAGCGGCCAGUGUCUUUGGCAGGGGCGGCGGGUUUUUGGUUGGCAUUGGCGGCAUGUUGACGCUGGCGUUUGAGCAGAACAUCGGAGGGCGGCUCUGUCUCGAGAUCGACGGCGCCGGCGGGAACCCGACGGUUAAUCUUGCUUAUUCCGAGUCGCCGUGGUUCGCCGGCCGCAUCCCCGACGCCACAACGGACCAGCAGGAAAGGGACCUGCCGCUGUCCCUGCACGUUGGCGACACGGCGCGCACUACUACCCGCUGCGUCGACCCCGAGUUUGUGCGCGGCGGGCUCAAGUUUGUCACGGUUAGCCUGCCGUAUAGGAGUAGUGGUUGGUUUAGUGGCCGUGUUGUUCAACAGGUGCUCGCUCUCUUCUCGGGCACGCAGAAGGCAAAGGCGAGCGCGCCGUGGGUGCGCAUCUCGAUGCUGUGGGUCAACUGCACGGCGUUCCCAUCGCAAAGCAACGGGCGGGCGUACUCGGGCUACUUCUUCAGCUCGAGCGACGUGCUCAACCGGGCGUGGUACGCGGGCGCCUGGACUCUGCAGCUGACAACAAUCAACCCGCGAGAGGGCUCCGCGCUGAUCGACUACAACCGCCUCGUCGACCACAACACGUCGCCCGUCGGGUCGUGGUACUCAAACUUCACCAUCGCCAACGGCUCCGCCGUCACCACCGACGGCGCCAAGCGCGACCGCGUCGUGUGGCCCGGCGACAUGGCCAUCGCCGUGCCGGGCAUCGCGGUCUCCACCUAUGACAUGGCCGCCGUGCGCAACGGCCUCGACGUCUUAUUUGCUCACCAAUACCCCGACGGCUCGCUGCCCUACGCCGGCCCGCCCAUGGGCUUCCACGCCGAGUUCUCCGACACGUACCACCUGCACACCCUGCUCGGCGUCUUCAACUACGUGCUGUGGUCGGGCGACGUCGCCUGGCUGCGCGCCCGCUGGCCCGCCUACCUCGCGGCCCUGCGCGCGAGCGCCGCCAAGGUUGACGCGCUGGGCCUGUUGCACGUGUCGUCCACCGCCGACUGGCUGCGCCCCGGCAUGACGGGCCACAACCUCGAGGCCUCCGCCAUCCUGUACGCCGCGCUGGCCAAGACGCAGCUGCUUGCCGCCUGGCUCGGCGAGGCCCCCAGCGACGAGUGGCCCGCUCUGCAGCGUGUUCUCGAGAACGGCCUCGCCCGCCUCUACUGCCCCCGCACGGGCCUGUUCUCGGACAACGUCGGCCGCCGCGGCUGCGCCGGUGAUGACCACGUCGAUCCCCAGGACGGCAACAGCUGGGUGCUUAUUAGUGGCAUCGACCUCGCGCCCUCGGGCCGCCCGUGGGAGCACCCCAAGUCGCCGCGCCGGGGGUCCAAGAUGCUCCCUGGCGGGCCGCCCACGCGGGCGAACAUUUCGGCGAAUCUCCGCAAGAGGUGUCCAUCCAGGCUCGCGCACGGCGCGCCGGCUGUCGAGUUCCCUAACGUCAUCAGCCCGUUCAUCAGCGGCUUCGAGCUGCUGGGGCACGGGGCGGCGGGGCAGGUCAGCAUGGCGGUCGAGCUGGUGCUGCUGGAGUGGGCGCACCUGCUCGGCGGCGACGGCUUCACGGGCAGCACGCUGGCCGAGGGCUUCCGCGUCGACGGCCACCCGCAGUACCCGGCAUACUGGAGCACGGCGCGCAACUCCCAUGCCCACGGCUGGAGCGCUGGCCCCACGGCUGCGCUGCACCGCUUCGUGCUCGGGUUCGAGCUGCUGGAGCCCGCGGGCCGCAGGGGCAGGGCAAAUCCGCAGCUGACGCCCUGGCCAGUGUUUCCCUCAGCACCCACCCAUAUACAUACCUCCCAUUUCAACCAAAGCCAGAAUCACAGCUAACCGCCCCAUCAACAGGCUAAGCUAGGUCCGCGGCGGCUACUCGACGUCCAUAAGCCGGUUCGAACUCGCACACUACCGCGCCGUCGAAGUCCGGCGCCGGAACAACAACGACAUC